GAUGGGUAAGUGGAGAUGGGCCGGCCUAGUCCUGGAGUUCAAAUAAAUAGCUAUUUCCAGCAAGAGUUUCCUAGUCUGCAGGCAGCUGGUGAUCAGGAGAAGACAAGUAAAGAGAAGGAUGCAGCUGAAGAGCCUUAUGGUCCUGGGCCCAGUUUACGACCACAAAAUGUUGCUAGCUGGCGAGAAGGUGGAGGCAGGAAUCUGAACUCUCCAAAUUCUCCAACUGAUCAAGAAGCAAAACCUGUUGCUCAAGAAGACGGUAAUGUGCCUGGACCAGUAGAACAGAGUGAUGGCUCCAAGGUACCAGAGAAGAGGGAUAUAAGGAUAGCACUGCCACCUGCUCCCAAGCUUAAUGGUCAGCAACAGCCUGGGAUCAUAUCUCAGUACAGAGCAAUGAUACCACCCUAUAUGUUUAACCAGUACCCUAAAUUGGCAUAUCCUCAAAUGCCAGGUCCCAGCAGGUUCCCUGCUCCAUCUGAGGCUACCAGAGGACCAAGGGGUAGAGGGCCCUCUUCAUGGAGCUCAGAAACUGUAGAACGCCCAGCCAUCCUAAGUGCUAAUGAGCUCAAAGAACUUGACAAGUUUGAUAAUUUGGAUGCUGAAGCUGAUGAAGGCUGGGCUGGAGCCCAGAGUGAGGUAGAUUAUACUGAACAGUUGAACUUCAGUGAUGACGACGAACAAGGAAAUAACCAGAAAGAACAGUUUAACAGUAAUGAACCUACAAAAGAUGUGGAGAAGAAAGAUUCAGAAGAACAUAAAUCAUCUGCUCCUUUGCAGUCAGUUGGUUCCAAAGUGCCAUACAGUAAAAGCAACUACUUUGAGCAGCAGAAAGGCCUGAUCAAACACCAGCCCAGUCUUAGAGUGCUUGAGAGGGGCAGUUCUGGGCUUCAGCCAAAAUCUGUUCUUCAGCAUCCACUUCCAGAUCGCUUGGCAGGGCCAGGAAAGCAAGGUCCUUUUCCUCCUAGGCCAGCACCAGAUGAGGAUGAGAUUUGGAAACAGAGGCGAAGACAGCAAGCAGAAGUAUCUGCAGCUGUAGAACGAGCCCGUAAAAGGCGAGAGGAAGAGGAGCGAAGAAUGGAAGAGCAAAGAAAAGCAGCAUGUGCUGAAAAGCUGAAACGGUUAAAUGAGAAAUUUGGCUGUGUAACAAAACCACCCCGAGAAGACCCACUGAAAGAAAAAGAAAAGGAGAAGGAGAAGGAAAAGGAGAAGGAAGGAUACUGAUAAAGAGAGGGAAAAAGUAGUGAAAAGGAAAAAGACACAGUCAUAGAAAAGGAAAGGGAAGAAAAAGAAAAGAAAACCAAGAGAGGGAAAAGGAAGCAGAGAAGGAAAUGGAAAAAGUGGAGAGGAAGAAGCAGAAGAGAACCAAAAGCUGAAGUGUCUGAACCUCAAGAGCCAAUCACUCCAUCUGUUACAGUUGAGAAGCCACAAGAAAGUGAAAGCAGCAGUAAAGAGGAGAAAGUGUCUCAAGCUAUUUCCAGCACUCAAGAAAGCAAUCAUAGUGAAAGAGAAAGUUCUCAUGAAAGCGAGACUGAUUCUGGUGCUCAGCCUCGUCCUGCUAUUUCUUCUGGCUAUUCAAAACAGUUUCAGAAAUCAUUGCCACCAAGGUUUCAGAGACAACAGGAGCAGAUGAAACAGCAGCAGUGGCAGCAGCAACAGCAGCAAGGGGUCCUACCGCAGUCUACACCUUCUCAGCCUUCUGCUGGCCCUGUUCCCCCACCACCACCACCACAUAGACCGCUCUAUCAACCCAUGCAGCCACAUCCCCCACAUUUGGCUUCUAUGGGCUUUGAUCCACGGUGGCUCAUGAUGCAAUCUUACGUGGAUCCACGAAUGAUGUCCGGAAGGCCUGCUAUGGAUAUGCCACCCAUGCAUCCAGGAAUAAUACCUCCUAAGCCACUUCUAAGAAGGGACCAGAUGGAAGGGGCAGGAACUGCUGCAGACACUUUCGAUCAUGUUACUCGAUCAGCAAGGGAGCAUGCUAUUCCUCUGCCAGAACCGCGCAUGGUGUGGGGGUCAGAACCAUAUCCUCAUGCAGAGCCUCAGCAGACUAGCAAUCCCCCCAAAAUCCUAGAAGACACUGAAGAUCUAAGGCCUGAGGCACUUCUGGAUCAAGAACACAUAACUGUUCAAGAGGUUUAUGCAGCAGAACAGAUUCAUUUGGACUCUCAGACAAAGGUUGAGUUCUUCAAAGAACCCAGUGAAAUGAGUAUACAGAAGACUUCAGCCAGGUCUUUAGAAGAUGCUCAGCCUCACCAAACUGACACACCUGCUCCUGUGCUGAGUUUUGAAGUAAAUGCAGAAAAUGUCUCCCAAAUCUCCAAGGAAGAAAAAAUACUUGUAGAAGAGAGCAAUACUUCCCUGAAGAUCAUUUCUCAUGGGUCAAGCCAUUCUCUGAAAUCUGAAGACCAAGCAAAUGAUACACAAGCAAAUGUUUCCAAAGUCAGCAGCAGACACAUUGAGCCAAAAGAACCAAUUCUUGAAAGAAUAGAUAGUAAACUGAAAAAAGAAGUGUUUGUAACUAAUAGGCUGUCUGAAGGGCCAAAGCCUGAAAAACCCUUUAAGCCUAAAUCUGAAACUAGGUGGGGUCCAAGACCAGGUUAUGGGAGAAGAGAGGAAGGUAGUGAUAGGCCAGUGAGAAGGUCUGGUCCUAUUAAAAAGCCUAUCCUUCGAGAUAUGAAAGAAGAGCGUGAGCAAAGAGAAGAGCGUGAACAAAAGAAGGAAAGAGAAGGAGAAAAACUGACAAAUGAGAGAGCUAGCAAGAUUGAGAAAAAGGAACAGUCUCAGGUUCCACCUCCCAGGCUAGAACCAGAGAAGACCACCACAGGUGGUAAAAAGGCAUUGCAAAGCACACCACAAGCUUCAGACUGCGCAGAUGCUCCUGUGCCGUCCACAGUUACACCUGCUGCUGUGCAGCAGCCUCUCAUUGUCCAGCAGCCUGCAGUCAUACCACCAGUGUCUCAGCAGCCACCUGCAGUGCAGACAUCUCCACCCAUAGCUCCACAGCUGCCUAGUCCACAAAUUACUGUUGAGCUUCCAUCCCUUACUAUCCAGCAGCUACCAGUUCAGCAGCCUGUCAGCACAACAAAGGAAGAAAAGCAGCCAGAGAAAGUAAUCAACAAAGAACGAACUGUAGAGAGACCUCGUAUGGAAACUAGACCUGUGAAAAGAGAACCUGGUUUGCCUCCCAGAACAUACUGGAAAGAAGCUAGGGAUAGGGACUGGUUCCCAGACCAAGGAUACAGAGGCAGAGGACGUGGAGAAUAUUAUUCUAGAGGUCGAAGCUACAGAGGUUCUUAUGGAGGCAGGGGUCGAGGUGGGAGAGGCCACAAUAGAGACUAUCCACAUUACAGAGACACUAAGCCUCGAGUGGAGCAUGUGCCUUCUGGUCCUCUUAGGCAGCGAGAAGAGAGUGAAACCCGUAGUGAGAGCUCCGAUUUUGAAGUAGUUCCAAAACGGCGAAGACAGAGAGGCUCAGAAACUGACUCUGACAGUGAAGUGCAUGAAAGUGCAAGUGACACCCUUCUUUCAGACAAGGACAGCUUAAGCAAAGGCAGACACCCAAAGAGAGAAGAAAAGACAGAUGUCAAAAAGCCUGCAAAAGCAGCAUUGUCUUAUAAACCUGAACAUAAUAUCCGAGGGGACAAUAGGGUUUUAGACAAAACUUACGGGAGGGAAGAUGAGAAACCCAAACCAGGUUUUCUUCCUAAAGGAGAACCCUCUAGACGUGGCAGGGGGGGCAUGUUCAGACGUGGGGGUAGAGAUCCAGUUGGCCGCCCACCUCGGCCGUCUACUCUUAGGAAACCAGGAUACAGAGAGAAUCAGUGGAACCCGAGGCAGAUGGAACCCCCCAAACUUGAAGAUGGAGAGCCCCCACAAAGGCAUGACCAUUAUGGUUCUAUAUCGCUGGAUAAAAGGCCACCUGCAAAGUUUGAGAGAAAAUUUGAUCCAACUCGGGAAAGGCCUCGUAGGCAAAGACCCGCACGACCUCCCAGGCAAGAUAAGCCACCACGCUUUAGGCGUCUAAAAGAGAGAGAGGCAGCCUCAAAAAUAAGUGAAGCCACAACCAGCUCAUCAUCAAGUGCUGCAAUGAGUAGCGCAGUUAAUGAACAGCCAAGCGCUACUUUGGAGGUGUCGGGAAGUAAGACACCAGACUUGUCCAAUCAGAACUCCUCAGACCAAGCAAAUGAAGAGUGGGAAACCGCUUCAGAAAGUAGUGAUUUCAAUGAGAGGCGUGAGAGGGAUGAAAAAAAAAUAGCAGAUGUUACAGCACAGGUAGCUGUUAAGACUGGGGAAAGCACACUAGCCCCCAAAAGGGAAAUAGCCAAGAGAAGUUUUUCCAGUCAGAGGCCUGGGAUCGAUCGGCAAAAUCGUCGUGGAAAUAGUGGACCACCCAAAUCUGGACGGAACUUCUCUGGGCCAAGAAAUGAAAGGAGAAGUGGCCCUCCAACAAGAACUGGGAAACGGGGACCAUUUGAAGAACAAGCUGCAGUUGUGAUUAGUGCUGAAACAGUUGGCAGUUUACACCCAGAAGAAAGUGGGAACAGUGCUGCUGCGCUGAAAGGUUCCAAAGAUCCCAACAUCAAGAAGCGAGAAGAGCCCAAAGCUGGUCCAAAGAAAGUGAAAGAGAAAGUGGAUGCAAUUUCUCAAUUUGACCUUAACAACUAUGCAAGUGUUGUAAUUAUUGAUGACCACCCUGAAGUGACAGUAGUUGAAGAUUCCCAGUCCAAUUUGAACAAUGAUGGUUUUACUGAAGUGGUAUCAAAAAAGCAACAAAAACGCCUGCAAGACGAGGAACGCAGGAAGAAGGAAGAGCAAACAGUGCAGGUCUGGACAAAAAAGAGUUCCAAUGAAAAAGGAAGGUGUCCAAAUUCCAAACUACCACCCAGGUUUGCCAAAAAGCAACAGCAGGCGACAGCAGCAGCAGCGGCCGCUGCCACUCAGCAGGUUCAGGCUCAGCCACAACUCCCCCUGCAGUGUGUGUCUCAGAUUCCAAGUCCACAGGCUCCAGUUCAGCUGCAACCACAGGCAGCCUGUGCAGCAAACAGCAGCACCGAGUUCACAGCAACAAGCAAAACUCUUCAGAACACGCCAUCUCAUAAUGCUGUAGGAACCGAAUUAUGGGAUAAUAAAGUGCCACCUACGACAGUCCUCAGUGACAUCUCAAAAAAAUUGGGACCCAUUAGUCCUCCCCAGCCUCCUUCAGUCAGUGCAUGGAAUAAGCCUUUGACAUCAUUUGGAUCAGCUCCAUCUCCAGAGGGAACAACAGUUGGGCAAGAAAGUGGAAUUGAUUUGGGAAUAGAAACUAUUCAGUUUGGUGCUCCAGCAUCCAGUGGGAGUGACAGUGAAGUUGGCCCAGUUUCAGAGAAGACCUCAGAGAAGCUUCUUGAACCAAAGGAGCAAAGGCAAAAGCAGCCCCGGGCAGGACCUAUAAAAGCACAGAAGCUUUCAGAUUUGAGUCCAGUAGAAAACAAAGAGUACAAGCCUGGUCCCAUUGGGAAAGAACGGUCAUUAAAGAACAAGAAAGUAAAAGAGGCUCAGCAAGGGGACCCUGAGGGGCAAGAGAAAUCAAGCCCUGCUGCAGUCAGAAGUCCAGACCCUGUUGCUUCUAAAGAAGGCAAAGCAGCUGCUGAACUUGGCACUGAAAUAGGAACAAUGAUAUCCGUGACUGCUUCAGAGUUUGGAGCAACCCAAAAGGAAUCUGUAACAGACUAUACAGCACCUUCUUCUCACUCCAGUACAGUGGCUACAAGCAGUGCAAAGAUGGAAGAGGCUUUAGUGACAAAUGUGCCCCUGCCCCACACCCUUCCCCUCCCUAGGAGGGAGGCUCUACAACAGAGCUCCAGCCUAACUCCAGUUUCUCCCGCUACCGUGGACCUCACCCUCAAGAUGGAGUCUGCUCGCAAAGCAUGGGAGAAUUCACCAAAUGUCGGGGAGAAGAAUUCACCAGCUACAUCAUCAGCAUCUCCAGUAGGUGGUAGUAGUGGUGGCAGCAGUGGCAGUGGAAGCAGCAGCAGCAGCAGCAGUGGACCAACCAGUGGUACAUACAGCUCUUUCUCAAGUGCAUCAAUGCCUCCCAUUCCUGUGGCUUCAGUUACACCUACAACUUCAUUGUCAGGAGCUGGAACAUACACUACCUCUUCACUGAGUACAAAAACAACCACAACCUCUGAUCCACCUAACAUUUGUAAAGUGAAGCCACAGCAGUUACAGACAAGUAAUUUGGCAUCUGCUGGUCACUUUUCCCAGCUAAGCUGUAUGCCAUCGCUAAUUGCUCAGCAGCAGCAGAGUCCACAGGUCUAUGUGUCUCAGUCGGCAGCAGCUCAAAUUCCAGCUUUCUAUAUGGAUACAAGCCAUCUCUUUGGUACCCAGCAUGCACGACUGGCUCCUCCAUCACUGGCCCAACAGCAAGGAUUUCAGCCAGGGCUCUCACAGCCUACAUCAGUUCAGCAGAUACCAAUCCCUAUAUAUGCACCUCUGCAAGGGCAGCAUCAAGCUCAGUUGGGUUUAGGAGCAGCACCUGCUGUUUCCCAAGCCCAGGAAUUGUUUAACUCAUCAUUGCAGCCUUAUAGAUCCCAGCAGGCAUUUAUGCAAAGUGGCCUGUCUCAGCCGUCACCAGUGGUUCUUUCUGGCACAGCCUUACACAACUUCCCAGCAGUGCAGCAUCAGGAACUUGCCAAGGCACAGUCCAGCCUUGCAUUUCAGCAGACAUCUAAUACUCAACCUAUUCCUAUCUUGUAUGAGCAUCAACUGAGUCAAGCUUCAGGACUAGGAGGCUCCCAGCUUAUUGAUACACAUCUUCUCCAGGCCAGAGCUACUCUUACCCAGGCCUCAAAUUUGUAUUCUGGACAGGUUCAGCAACCAGGUCAGACUAGCUUCUAUAACACUGCACCAUCUCCCAGUGCUCUCCAGCAGGUAAACUAUGGCACGGUGACAGUACCUAUACCGGGAUCACAGCUUUCUUUGCCCAACUUUGGAUCAGCAGGCCAGCCUUUAAUUGCUCUUCCACAGUCCCUUCAGCCUCCUUUACAGCACACACCACCACAGCCUCAGACUCAGAAUCUGAGUCGGCCAGCACAAGUAGGGCAGCCUUUCAGAGGACUAAUUCCAGCUGGAGCUCAACACAGCAUUAUAACUGGGAAGAUGUCAGAAAUGGACCUGAAAGCUUUUGGAAGUGGCAUUGAUGUUAAACCAGGCACACCUCCAGUCACCGGGCGAAGCACCACUCCAACGUCUAGUCCCUUCCGGGUUGCUUCCACAAGUCCGAACAGUCAGGCCAAUAAAAUGAAUACCAUCGUCUACCAGAAGCAGUUUCAGUCGGCAGCUGUGAGAAUGACGCAGCCAUUUCCUCCACAGUUUGCACCCCAGAUCCUCUCUCAGCCUAACCUGGUCCCUCCAUUGGUAAGAGCCCCACAUACUAACACCUUCCCAGCGCCUGUUCAGAGGCCGCCAGUGGCACUGGCUAGUCAGAUGCCACCUCAGAUGACCACAGGCCUUAUGAGCCACCCUCGUUUGCCACAAAUGGCCAGGGGUCCUUGUGGAUCACUCUCUGGAGUCAGAGGCAAUCAGGCCCAGACUGCGAUGAAGGCUGAACAAGACAUAAAGGCAAAGCAGAGAGCAGAAGUCCUUCAGUCAACACAGAGAUUCUUCUCUGAACAGCAGCAGGCCAAGCCACCUGGGAGCAAAAUGCAGAAAGUGAGUGACAGUGGGAGUAAAGCUGCUGAGGCAAUGGCAGACUCCUCCCCAGAAGUAGUAAGCCAGGACAAAGCAGUGGAGAAACCAAGCCCUGCACCCACAACAGCCCCCAAGCCUGUUAGAACUGGACCGAUCAAACCUCAGGCUAUCAAGACAGAAGAAACUAAAUCCUAAGUGUUGUGCCCAUUUAUGUCAAUUUGGGAGUGAAAUGACAGUGGCAAAACCUGUAGCCAAAGGGCAAAGCAUGUCCCUUCAAGGCUGUGAUUGGCAUAAAUAGACACAGUUGCUAAUUAGCCCUGGCAGACAUGAAUGGUAACAUGCUUUAAAGGUCUGGAGAUCUUGGGGGCUUGUAGCUUCCAUGCCACCACGUGAAUUGAGUGUAACCUGUCUGUAUCGGGGCACCUGUUUUUCUGAGGAUGCAAAAUGAAAAAUAAUGCUGCUGAAGCAUGUUAUUAACCAGUGGUAAAUGCUCUUCUGCUGUUUCAUUUUGAAAAGAAAGGCAGAUCGAAGAAGGCUAUGCUGGACAGAAAUGAAAUUGGUUUUAUGUUGCUCAGGGUCCUAAGAGGAUGCUGUUAUUUAAUAAUGAAACAAGAGAAUUUAAGGCAAUUGUGAAGUCACGCAGAGCAACUUACCCUCAGCCUUCCUCAUUUCCCCCACCAACACACACUUCCUUCUGUGAUGCUCUACAUCAGAUAUCCCUAAAGGGCAGGCUAUAGCUGCUGCUAUGGUUUGAUAUGGUGCUGAAUUAACUGGGGAGGAUGCUAAUUGACUCCCAUGUUAAUACCAAAAGUGCAGAGUUUAGAAUACUCCCAUUUAGGAGUUGUAUUGCCAGUCACAUUGAGCUGUGGCUCAGUCGUACUUGGGGGAAGCAAUCCUUUGGCCUUCAAACUGUUUUCAGCUUAUGUCUGUAUAGAGCAACAAGCACGUGACCUGCUGCAAGACAGCAUCCUCUGAAACAAUGCAUUCUUAUAUCAAAGCUACUCCUUCCUGCUCACUGUGCGCUGGGAAAUAGAAUCAAGUCAAAUAAUGCCUUCUUAAUUGUAUCCUUCUAGUAGUAUAGCUGUAGGAGAGUACUGUAUGAUAACUUCUGUGAAUGUAAAAUACUCCAUACCUGCUUAUAUGUAGUUGUGACUGUGCUAUAGUAGAGCUGUUUUAAUGACGUUACUGAAGACUUUUUCAGGCAAUGAUUGGAAGUUAAUAAGAGAGCACCACAUACCAUAGCAAUUGCAGAAUUGACUGUUUUCUCUGAGAAUUUCUUCUUCCCCUUCCCAACAUUUUUUUGGAACGAAGAGUGAGCUAAAAGUCUAAUGUGUAUAAUUUUGUUCAGAUGACAGCAGAAGCUGGAAAAGUCUGUUGCUGCUAUUGAUGCCUAGUGAAAUGCUAUUGGUUAUCUUUUUAUAUAAAUAUUAUAAUUUGAAUUUUUGGAAACUUAGCUGUGAUGUCAGCUUUGGGGGAAAGAUAUCCACUUGUACUGUGAGUUGGCAUUGUACAGAAAUUAACAGCCAUAUUGGUCUAGAAAUGUUUAAACUUUUUUUUCAUUUGUACAGGGGUAACACUGUAUUAAAUAUGUAAGGUCUUAUUUACAUGGGUUUGAUUACAGAAACUAAUAAAAAAUAUUCUCUACAUAAA